CAUGUCGCCUGUGUACGAUGUACAAUGAGUAUGGCUUCCCCCACGCAGCCCAAGAGAAAAGAACGGCCAUGUGAUGCAUGUAGGAAGCGGAAGAGUCGAUGCGUCCUCGAGGAUGAUUCCCCCAUCUGUGUCUUGUGCAAGUUCCAUGGGCAAGAAUGUACAUUCCUACAGAACCCCCAAUCGCGGAAAAGAAAACCUCCUCAAGAUGGCAAUGAUACUUUGACUUCAAAAAGACGGCACUCGAACUCGUCCUCACGCCCUAAUAGGAAGCCCACAGGGACUCAGGCACGCGUCAUUAAAACCAGUAAUGGUGUUGAUGUGGAAGAGUAUGAUGAUCUAGAUGGUCCAAGCCUCUUGAAACGGACACUGGGUCUGCAGAACGCAAAUCACAGCCAAUACGUCGGGGCCACACGAGGUCUCGAGCCUGCAUUAUCUGGCCAUAUCUCACUCAAUGGGAAGAACGAAGUCCAGCUUACUCACGGUGUACUCCGGCGGGUGAGCUCAUCUGACGCCUUUCUCCUGCUACCUGAUCCCGAAACCCAAGGGUACUUGGAAGAGCUGGAUGAUUUGGACGCUAUUGAGGCCAUUGUCAGCCCCCACGGCAAGGCUCUGACAGACCUGUACUUUCGGAUUGUGUUUCCAAGUUUUCCAGUUGUCUACAAAGAGGCAUAUCUGGAGAAGUACAACCGCUCAUACAGGGAAUUUUCUCCGCCACUCUUAGCUGCCGUCUAUCUUCUUGCUCUACAAUAUUGGACGUACGACGAGAACCUCAGUAAAGCGACUAAGCCAAAUGUGCAAGAACUGGAGAAGUUGGCCCGAAAGUCCCUUGGUGACACCAUUCACCGUCCCAAACUCUCGACCGUCCAGGCAGGGCUUCUGUUGUUGCAACACACGGAUACCGACUCUGCUGAGUUAACCGCUCAACUAGUUAGCGUUGGCUACGGGCUUGGUUUACAUCUCGAUGCGUCGGAUUGGGAUAUCCCUGACUGGGAGAAAAGCCUGCGGAAAAGACUCGGCUGGAGUCUAUACAUGCAAGACAAGUGGACCUCACUUGGAAGCGGCCGCCCUGCGUUGAUUAAUUCGUCGAAUUGGGCACUUCAGCCUGUGAUGAGUUACGACUUUCCAGAAACGCAUGAAGACGAUCAGGAAGGAAGCUCAGAGGUGGUAAAAGGGAGAAUCCUGUUCAGUCAGAUGAUCUCAUUAUCUGAGAUAGUGGCAGAUAUACUAGAGACCCUCUUUACGGUCAAGACUACGAAAGCGAUUGCGAAUGCCGGAGAGAAUGGCCUGGCCAUGAUUUUGGAGAAAGCAAAGCCGGUUCAACUUAGGUUGAAGGAGUGGUUCGCUAACCUACCGGAGUGCUUAUCGAUGGAGGACACUCACAUCAUGAAGUUAUCCUCUGUAGGAUACCUCCGGCUUGCCUACAUUGCGGCAGAAAUCACUCUCCAUCGUCGCAUAUUCCUUGCGUUGACUCCGUCUACGAAUCCGCAGCUUCUGAAAAUCUGCCGAUCCGUAGCCCACGAACGCUUUAUGUUUGCAAUCGACUUCGUUCAAUCUCUGAAACCACAACAUCUAUCAAGUUUCUGGUACUUUGCGUCGCCUCAAAACUUUGCCUUAAUCGGUGUUUUCGGUGCUUUACUACUCUCGAAAGCAUCCACUGUUGAGGAAGCCAAUUUCUACAAGAACAAGCUUAGAGAGUACCGCUGGAUUCUGAAAAUAAAUAGCGAGAACGGUGCUAGGUACAUGAAACCAGCAUUGGCUCUAGUUGACGCCAAUAUGGCACUUUUGGAGUCGACCCCUCGUCUAGCGAUGCCAAGUCCGAACAAUCCUUCGACGUAUCAAAGCAAUGACAACGAAAGUGCCGUAGCUGCUCAAGGGAAUUCAGAUGACUACGCCUUCUCAAGCAGUCAUUUGUCAGUCAGUAGCGACUUUGCAUUGCCAGGUCAAUACUCGUUCGAUGCACCAUAUUACUCAGAUCAACACUCAAUAGCAACUUCGCCGACGAGUUACCCACAGCCUUCCCAAGCACAGGUACAAGACUUCAAUUUUGGAAUUGGAGGGGAAGCCGGAUCGUGGAACUUUUGA